AAUUAGUUUUAUCGUUGGUCUCCAAGUUUCUGUGCUGUAGCAACAUUUUACUCAUACAGUCAUAUGUGGAGAUUGAUGAAUACAGUUCAUUUUCUAAGGAUCUCGUUGCCUCUUUACUUUAGUUGUGCAGUUACUAGAAGCUGAGAGAUUGCGCAUAAUUCUUCAAGAGGGGUGCGAGUGCAAAUAGGACUCCACUACAACAACGUUGAGUGGGUUGGAAUUCACGUUCCAACUUUACAUUUCUGGUAAGUUGGUGAAAACAUUUUCCAGGCAUGUUCAUUAAAUAACUGAUAAUCAAUCACCUGGCGUACCUUGAGUAACUCGUAAAUCUCCCAGAAAUUGUGAUUUACUUUCGUUCCACAUGGCUGAAAUCAAACAAAAACUAAAAAGUCACCAUUGUCCAUUCACUAUUUUCAGCAGGUCAUUUGAGUUGGCCUGCUUAUACAUGCUGGCAUUGAAGGUAGGCUGUGGAUAGCGGGAAUGGGAUAGCAAGCUUCAGUGAAUUCUCACGAACAGAACGAUAGUCUUGAGUUUUGUACACAAACAUGUAUUUCAUAUAAUAUACAUGGGCCGUGAUAAUAUACAGGAUUUAGGAGUGUCGUAACAUCUUGUCGUUGCAAUUUCCACCGCCAGUCUAUUUUAUAGAGGAAAUUGCACGAGGCAGUGUUGUUUUGUGAUUAAUAUUGUUAAAAUAACUAGUCACGUAAAUUUGAUGUUUAAAUUUAGUAAAAGAUAAUCUGAUGGAGAAAAAAGAAAGCUUUAAAUGCAAUUUGAAAGCUGAUAACUUUAAAGAUGCCAGGAAUAAAGAUAAUGUUAUAUUUUACAACCAUUUUGAAAAAUAUUCUUCUUUGCAAAUGCAACCUUGAUUUUUCUGAUACGAGAGUUCAUCCAAUGUUGUAUUUUGAUGCGCAUGACGUGGCAAAGCUUCGCAAAAUUGCGUCAACUUCUCAUGCAAAAAUUGCUGGGCUCAUACAGAAAACCGGUGAGGCAUUGGUAGAUAAUCCAGACGAAAACUUGCCACCGAAGAACCAUACCUUAUUUGCAUCGGAGUGGAACGAACGUUAUGGAAAUCGCUUGUGUUCCUACGCAAUGUACAGUCUCCUACAGCCAGAAGACAAUGUGGCUUUUGAGUUAAUUCAAGAAUUCAUGGACAGAAUGGAAAGUUAUCCAGAUUGGUAUUUGACUGAAAGUCGAGGGAGGCAUCAAAGUCCAAUUGCCCAUUCUUUAAUUGGUUUUACCACUGCUUACGAUUUUCUAUACGACAGAUUUGAUCCUGACAGGCGUGCAGUUUAUUAUCACAAAAUUAGAAAUACAACUUUUCACAUGCGAGAAGUUUUGUCAGAUAAGAAAUUUGGAUGGACUAAGCAAUAUAUACACAAUCUUGCGUUUUCUAACAUACUUUCAAUAAUUAUCGGGGCUCUAGUAGUGAAAACACAAGAGCCUGACAUAGCAAAAGAGUGGACUGAAAUGAGCAAAAAUAAUUUGGAAUCCGCUUUGGACAUCCUUUCUCAUAUUACUGAUGGGUCUCUAGACGAAGGAAUGUGUUACACGAGUUACUCUUCUCGUAGUAUCACUCAGUAUGUCUAUCUUGCUCAACGCCAUUUUAAUAUUGACCACACAAACCAUCCAUGGCUAAAGCAGCACUUUUGGUUUUUGUAUAAAACUACGUUGCCUGGUUUUCAGCAUCCCUUUGGCUUUUCUGACGGUAGACGAAAUUGGUGUUACGGACCGCAAAGUCAAUUGGUGUUUCUAGACGCGUACGUGAUGAAAAACGGAUAUGGAAACUGGCUCGCUGAUAAAAUACGAAACGCAACGUCUAAAAAUACGCUUUUCGAUCCACAUCCUGACUUUUUGUGGAGCACUUUACAUACCGAGUAUAUAUUUUACAACGCAUCGUUAACAGCUACAAAACCGUUGGAAAGAUAUGAUGGCAAAAUGCAUAUUUUCCCCGACUUAGGCCUUGUAACCUUUGGCGGCGGACAAGAGAUGACAAAGAGGAACACAUUUCUAUCUUUCAAAUCAGGUGUUUUAAAUGGAGAAUACGUCGAAUAUAUCAGAUACAAUAACAAAAUAUCCCUUAAAACAAAUCGUUGGAAGGGGUUCAAUCCCGGACACGAACAUCCGGAUCAAAAUUCUUUUAUAUUUUCACCAAACGGCAAACAUUUUAUAACUGAAGCAUACUACGGUCCAAAGUUUUCAUUUCUGGACAACGUCAUCAUUUUCGGCCCGUUCAACAUUUCUCAAUAUAACCAGACGUGGGAAGGACAGAUCGGGGAAACAGAUACUUGGUUGAAAUACGCCUUGUAUACUGGAAGAAAAAUGCGAGGAGAAAUAUUAACAGCAACAACUUCGGGUGAUAUGGCUUUUAUUGCUGGAGAAUCAGGUGGAGCAUACUCGUUAACUUUGGGAUUAUCAAGUGUCUUCCGUGGUGUUCUUUUGAUCAAUCCUGAAGUUCUCGUUAUAAUCGAUAGUAUUAAGCUUCAGCAAGGAAGUAAAACCAAAUAUGCCAGCGCGUUGUUUCAUAAUAUUUGGAAGCAAUUCGGAAAAUACUCCAAUCUGGGAUAUGAAGGUGCGCAAGUUCAAUACCCCGAAGGUUCUUAUUCGAUGUUAUCAAUUGGAAAAGGUGGCGGAAACACCAAUGUAUCAUUACACAAAGACGUGCAACCGGGCGGGUUAGGCUUACGCGAAGGCGCCACAAACUAUGUCAACGUUACUUUCAGUUUACAAGAUGACGUUACUGAUAUAAUUCACGUGUUUUCGGGACCAAAUUACGCUAUAAAUAGAGCAAGAAUAAGUAACGUGUACGGGAAAGCAGGCGUAUCACUACUACUUCAAAUAAAUAACAUGGAAUACGAUAUCAAAAUUGCGACAGUUCCUCCAUUGUCUGUUCAACCACAUGAGAGAGUAACUGAAUUUUGUGGAUACGCCACCGUUUCUGUUGGCAAUCAGACACAUUACUUUGGACUGGAUGAUAAAUCACCUAAAGAAGCAGAAAGAGCAAAACGAAAACGUUAUAUUUUGAAAAAGUUUCUUAACAAAAAUGAGUCAGCGUUGUUACCUCAAUUUUCCAUUUUUACACUUUCUUCUAAAAAAUUAAGAAACUCGGAUACACAAAGAUCUGAUGAUUACGAACCUGUCAACUUUAUUUGGGAUAAACUACCAAAACACCUGAUGUUACCGAAAAGUUCAAUUCUAAUUUUACUACUUCCUUUGAUUACAUUAGUAAUUUUCUUCAUCAUUUCAUUGAAAAUACGAAAUUACUGGGUAAAACACUUUUGGAGAAACAUGAGACUGGACUUGAAAAUAUUGUUUAUUCUUUCGUUCAUCACUGUAUUUGCGAUUAUUACAUAUUCAUUUUCUAUUCGAAAGAAUGUCACCCGCGAGCAGUUAUCACCGAAUGAAUCGCGGAUCAGAUCUGAUACUUUCUCACGAUAUAAUUCAAUGUCUACAAGUCGAAUCAGAAGGAAAAAACACGAAGAACAUCGAUGGAAUAUCUUCAUUCCGAAAAAGCCGUUUGUUUUCAUAGCUUCACUUCCCGGAUCGGGAUCUAACUUAUUUAACGAACUUUUUCAUGAUUUGUCGUUUUCAAAUGUCAUGGAUCUUUCAAAAAAUAACUACUCUGUCUCAUCGAAUUUAUGCAAAUGGCCUAAAAACAAAAAGAAGAUUCAGUCCAAUUUUAUUCGGCAGCUUCAAAUUCAUCGGAAAGAGAACUCAACCAAUAUGACGUUUGUAAAUGAUGACUCUGGUUUUUGGAUUUCCAAGUUACCAUGGUUGAGAAAAGCUGUCGGUAAACGCGAUUUCCAAGCAGUUGUGAUAGUUCGUGACCCAAGAUCAUGGAUUUCUAGCAUUCUUGACUCGAAAAAAAACAAAAGCUACACGAGAAUAAAAUCAGAUCUUCUAAAGCCAUUUGAAACGUCGUGCAAUACAGUUGGAUCGGAAAAUCUUCUUUACUAUGAAUAUUUCAAUCAAAAUUACAAAAAUUCGACAAGCGAAGUUGUAAAAUUAUCAGUACUGUGGACAAUUAAAAUAGCUAACGCUGUAGCCAACGAAGCUCAAGAUGAUGAGCAGUGGCCUCUGCACAUUGUUAGAUUUGAAGAUGUUGUGAAAGAACCAGAUGAGACGACAAUGGAUUUAUUUUCUAAAUUGGGUUUGCCUUUAGGAUUGAAAAACUUGAGCAAAAUAUCGAGGGCAGUAAAAGGGCAACGAUUUGAGCUUCCCUUGGGCGACAUUCUUUCGACUGACAUUUUAGAUAGUUGGAAAACUAAACUUACUAAAUCUGAUCAAAAUAUUAUAAAUAAUAUUUGUUGUCCGCUAAUGAAUAUUCUCAAUUAUAAUUGCUGAUUU